UGAAAAAUCAAACUAAAUUCAAAAUCGGCUUUAAAGAAAACAACCAAUUCAUAAAGGGAAAACCCCCAAAGAAAAUAACCCUCAGUGUUUCAAAAGUGUUCAAAUUUUACAAUUGUGGCAUCACACCAACAAAUUCAGCAAUCAUCGUGAAUUUUCCAAAAGGAAAUCCAGCAAUCAACAGUGCAAAACGACACUAAGUUGCAGCUGAAUGUGGCAGAAGCAACUGCAGCAGCCGUAUAAAAUUCGAGAAGAAUAGACAACAUAGAAUUGGAGAGGCGAACAAUAACACUUGGAUUUCGAACUGCUGCUGCAACAUCCAUAAUCGAAAGCUAAGCCACAUCAUCGAAAUCUUCGGGCAGUGAGGCAGCAGCAUUAAGCAGCAGCAACAUCAUUUAGCUCCGUCCAUGGGCGCCGCGGCAAAUAGAGUCCGGUGAAAAUGGACAAAGGCCGCGCGAGGCUGCCGCCGAAUUAGCAGAGAAGCCGGAAAAUCCGCACACUCACACAUCCGCACGGGCAGUGCAAAUAUUUGCCAGGCCCCCCCAAAAAAAAAAGAAAAAAUAUAUUCAAAAAAAAAAAAGGAGAGCACACACAGAAACAUAACAAAGGCGCUGAGAAGGGGAAGCAUUUGUGCGACAAUAGCGAAGGAAUUAGCCACAAAAGAAGGAGCAGCCGGGUCCAUUAAGAUAGCCAAAACCAUCAGAUCCCAUCCCAGCUAGACGAGGUCCACUUAAAUGACCGAAUCCACACAGCUGCAGACGGCGGAGAACAACAACGCGGGCGUGGUCAAAAUGGAGCCCCCGCCGCCGGCGACCUCCUCCGUUUCCGUAUCCGCCGCCGCUGCCGCCCACGCCCUCUCCUCCCUCUCCUCGCUCACGAUGGCCGCCACCGGAUCCGCCCUAUCGCCGGCCACGCCCCCGCCCUCCCUAAACCUCUCACAUCAACAGCAGCAACAGCAGCAGCAGCAGCAGCACUACGCCCUCAAGUGGAACGACUUCCAGAGCUCGAUCCUCAGCUCCUUCCGUCACCUGCGCGACGAGGAGGACUUCGUCGACGUGACGCUGGCCUGCGACGAGCGCUCCUUCACCGCCCACAAGGUCGUCCUGAGCGCCUGCAGCCCCUACUUCCGCCGGCUGCUCAAGGCCAAUCCCUGCGAGCACCCGAUAGUCAUCCUGCGCGACGUGCGCUGCGAUGACGUCGAGAAUCUGCUGAGCUUUAUGUACAAUGGCGAGGUGAAUGUGAGCCACGAACAGUUGCCCGACUUCCUGAAGACAGCGCACCUGCUGCAGAUUCGCGGCCUGGCGGAUGUCAAUGGUGGUUAUCCCUACUCCAAGGCCUUGUCCGCCGCCCUCAGUCACAACAGCAGCAGCAACAACAACAAUAAUAACAACAACAGCAAGAGCAGCAGCAACAGCCUGAGCAACAAUAAUAACAACAACAACAACAAUAAUGCCGAGAGCAGUAAUCACAACAAGAUAAGCAGCUAUUUACCGCCCAAUCAAACGAGCGCCACGUGCAACAACAGCAAUAACAACAACCACGGCAGCAGCAACAACAGCAGCAGCAGCAGCAACAACAACAGCAACAUCAUCAGCGGAUCCCUGAACAGCAGCCUGAACUCACCGUUCAGCGCGCCACAGAUACCGCCACCAGUGACCGCCUCGAGUGCAGCGGCAGCAGCAGCAGCGGCCGCAUCACUGACCGCCGCCGUGGCCGCAGCAGCAGUGGCAGCCACAGCGGCAAGUGCCGGCAGCAGCAGCAGCGCCAGCGGCCAGACGAGCGGAACGCCCGCCAUCCAGGAGCUGAAGGCAUCGUCGGCAGCGUCGCCCGUAAGAAACCCGAAUCCGAUCCCGAACCCCAAUCCCAGCAAAGCCAGCAGCAGCAACCACUGGGACAUGGGCGAGAUGGAGGGCAGCAGGAAGAGCCACCUGACGCCGCCGCCACAGAAGCGCAUCAAGAGCGCCGACCUCUUCCGCGCCCAGCAUGGCAUCAGUCCCGAGCGACUGCUGCUGGAUCGCGAGUUCCCCGUCGCCGGACAGCAUCCUCUCACACGGAACCGCAGCGGUCGGGAUACGUCCAAGGAUCGGGAGCGCAACAUGGAGCUGAGGGAAUCGCUGCUGGGCCAGGCCUUGGAGAACAGCAACGGACAGCAGGCCAAUCCGAAACACGAACUCGGCCAGAGCGCCGGUGAGGAUUCGAACAGCAGCGACACGGAGCCCUCGGAUCGAGGCGAUGGUCAGCACGAUGGCACCCUCGACGGGAUUGACAAUCAGCGCUCGCACUCGUUCCCCAAUGCAUUCCUUGGCCUCCAGGGCAUUCCAGGACUCCUGCCAGGACCCUCUGGCAUCAACAGCGACUUCGUUUCCCGUCGCUCCCUGGAAAUGCGCGUCCGAGCCACAGAUCCGCGUCCCUGCCCCAAGUGCGGCAAGAUCUACCGCUCCGCCCACACACUGCGCACCCAUCUGGAGGACAAGCACACCGUGUGCCCCGGCUAUCGAUGCGUGCUGUGCGGCACGGUGGCCAAGUCGCGCAACUCCUUGCACUCGCACAUGUCGCGCCAGCAUCGCGGCAUCUCCACCAAGGACCUGCCCGUCCUGCCCAUGCCCAGUGCUUUCGAUCCGGAGCUCGCCUCGCGCCUCCUGGCCAAGGCGGGCGUCAAGAUCUCCCCCGCGGAGCUGAGGGCCAGGGCCUCGCCCACCGGUGGAAGUGGCAGCAGCGGCGGUGGCGGUGGAGGAGGCAGCAGCCAGAACAAGCUGGAUCUGAGCAACGCCAGCGGUGGACCUAUGGACGAUGCCGAGGACUCCGAUGACGAUCCCGAGGACCUGACCACGGGCAACGGCUUGUACGGCAUGGGCGGCAGCAGCAGCGAUCUGAGCCGCUACCACGAGAGUCUGUUGAGCAACUUCGGCCACGCCAGGAUGCGAAAUGAGGCGGCUGCCGCGGCGGCCACUGCUGCUGCUCUCGGUCAGCCCAAGGACCUGGGCGUCCAGAUGGCAAACAGCAAUGCGCCUGGCCAAUCCCUACUGGACACCUAUCUGCAGUUCAUCACGGAGAACACAUUCGGCAUGGGCAUGUCCCAGGAGCAGGCCGCUGCCGCAACACUGCGCGCCAAGAUGGCCCAGCUGAACGCGAUGGGUCACAGUCUGGACAACCUGCCGCCGGGCCUUCUCCCCGGACAGUUCGAUCUGAGCAAGCUGGCCGCCGGGAAUCCCGCCUUUGGACAGAGCGGACCCGGACUGACCAUCGAGCCGAUACUGCGGCACGAACAGGCAGCGGGAAGCCUCUCGCCGAACCGACCACUGGCACUCCACUCGGGCGGCAGGAUGAUGGGUCACGAUGACAUGGCGGAAAACGAUGGCGACAUGCGGCGGGACGGAUCGGAGCCCAUGGAUCUGGGCCUGGACAACAACCAGUCGGGCAGCAACCAUGAGGUGGCCAACUCCGACGCCGAGGAGAACUACUCGGAGGACGAGGGAGUGCACAACACAUAGGAGGAGCCAGCGACUCCAGCGAGGGAACCACGAAUAUGAGCAUGAACAUGAACAUGAACAGUUGUAUACCGAUUACCCAUGGAACAUAUGUAACGAGUAGCCUUAUCCUCAUGUAUACCAGUUUAUGUGUACGAUACGAUACAAUACGAUAGUGAAACCUAGGACUAAGAUCAUAUUUGUGCCGCUGCCAGAGCUGGCCUAGUAGAA